AUGAAGCCAUGCACUGCCGGGAGCUCCAGCCUCAUGACUGUGUCUCGAAAAGUCGCUAAGGGCCGGUCUCCCUCAGGCCUACUAGUACACUGUCAACGAAAAUUAACUGUUUCUUCCGUUUCUCGUCGUGGGUCUACCAAGACCCCUCCGCAAUUCCCAACGCCAAAACACGAAGCCCUCACACUCCUACACAAAAUCACCAAUAUUGUGCCGAGGGUCCUUGAUUUGAGAACUCCUUCCGGUUCCACACGACCGAAGGAAACCAGUGACAUCUGGGAGCGCGUCUUGUCCGACGCGCACGAGGAUCUUUCUGCAGCGGCGGAACGACCAAUAAAAAUUGCUGUAUAUGGCCUUGACGAGUGGUCGGGCUCACAAGAAUUCGUUACUGCCCUACUUGCGUACCCACUAUCAUCAGACAAGACGCGGAGUGAAGCCCUCCUCAGCAGAUGGAAGGACAUUUCGCAAUCGAAGCUGGAUAUUUUACACGGAGCCGACGUGAAUUCUGGGCAAUCUGCAUUCCAAUUUUCCUCACCCUAUCUAUCACAGUUUACAGCACCUAUAGAAAUCAUAGAACAUCGCGCUUCCCAUGAAUCGGCAUCUGCGCUCUCUGACAUUCUUGCAAGACCGGAAUUCUAUGAAGCUGACAUCCCCAUCCUGGUUUCUAAUCCCCUCAUCACACCACUGUCCACAAUCCUCAGUGCGCAACUGCCUUCCAAUGCGAUCGUUGUAUUGUCUUCCAGCACCUCGCAGGAAGACGUGAAUCAAAUCAUACAGCGUGAACAAGCGACUGCCUCGCCAUCGCGUCAUAAGCCGGACAAGCGCACCAUCCAGCAACCCCACUUCACCGCUGCAGACCCAAAACGCGCUGCGAGAGCCAUCUGCACCCUCCAGGGAGACCCUAACACACUCUCGGCCAUUGAGAACUUCCAAUACGACUACGUCGGUUCUCGUCUGUCUGCCAUCACACAGACGCUGAAAGAGAAACUCGAUGACCCAAAAGCUCCAUUGAAUACUGUCCGCGCGAAGUUAGCACUAGCUCGAAUCCACGACACACUAUCGAUGACCUUCACGUCAAUACACCAGCUUCGAAGGGAAGUCGACCAAGCGUUCAUCGACUCUAGCAAUCUCCGUGAACGAAUAGAGCAGCUUAAUGCAAGGAUCGAAGGUGAUGUUUUUGGGCGACAGGAGGAAGGAACAGGUGCCAACGCGAAGGAACACGGAGACGAAGUUGGCAGUGCGAUUAAGCACGCGCAAAAAGAGAUGUCGCAAGUCAUGGGCCAGCUAACCUGGUGGAGAAUGGUUUCGCGAGUAGAUGAGAUUAGCAGCAUCGUGGCUGCUGCUGUUACAAUGACGUGGUGCCACGAUCUCGAGAAAAAGUUGAUACUACAUACAGGUCGACUAGCAACUGCCCAGCGAGACUUGUCUAAGUCUGCGUUCACCCUCCUCUCGAGGCAUCCAACGAUAUCAUCCGCAGUCCUCCGCAACUCCCUCCUUCAACUACAAUCCUCUCCGCACUACGGCCUAACUUCUGGAAGUCUAACUGGGCCAUUAUAUUCGCGUCGCGACCAGAUCAUUGAAUAUCCCACAACACGACUGCAUGUUGCAGGUCAACGCGCCGUGAUGGGCAUGACAGGCAGUAUUGUAACCGGCGUAGGAAUCAGUUGGGCUGGAUGGCUGGGCUGGCUCCUUGGUAGCGGAGAAGGUUUACUCGGAUUCAUGGGGAUGGAUGCUGGGACCGCUGUUGGUGUUGGCAUGCUCAGUGCCGUCGCAGGCAUACGGUGGGGUGUUGGGAAAUGGGAAAAGGCGAAGAAACGGUGGUGGCAAGAUUGGGAGAGAGUUGGAAAAGGUCUCGACCGAGACCUUAAGGCAACUCUCCAUCGAACCAUGCGGCAGCAAGUCGUGGUCCUGGCGGAUGCUGCAUGCAAUGGAAUAGAGAAGUCAUUUCGAGGGCGUGAAGAAGAGCUCGCUGUGAUUGGGAAGGAGUUGGAGGAGGCGCAAGGCAGAUUGGGCGGUAUUAUGGCCAAGGUUGGAACCAAGUCAUAA